AUGGGCUCACACGAUCAACACUCGGACAAAGAUGUCAAGUCGACAAGCUCAGACACACCUUCGACACACUCUCUCCCAGUGCCAGAUCAACCAGAAGUCGAAUCAAUCACCACACCUCUACCCACUACCGACGGCAUCCACCCACUCCCACAUGCACACCAUCAAGACGCAUCUUCACUGGAGAAACAAGCCACGGCAUCAAUAGCCAGCGAGGACAUAGAACCUAUAUUCGUACCCAAAGCCCAACGGAGAGGUUUACUAGCCCGCGUGGCCAUCAUUGCCGAAGUCGAGGAUCCCAAACACUAUGCUCGCAGGACAAAAUGGUUCAUCACUUUUGUCGUUGCUGUGGCUGGUGCUGCUGCACCGAUGGGUAGUGGAAUCAUUCUACCUGGCUUAUCACAAAUCAACCGUGAAUUCAACUCUUCAUCUACAGUCACCAAUCUCUCGGUCGCUCUGUAUAUGUUGUCCAUGUCGGUGUUCCCACUGUGGUGGUCCAGCUUCUCCGAGACUCUGGGACGAAGGACUAUCUAUCUGGUUUCCUUCUUUCUAUUUCUGGUAUUCAACAUUUUGAGUGCGGUCAGUGUCAACAUCUCCAUGUUUAUUGUCAUGCGUGUUCUCUCUGGAGGUGCUGCUGCCUCUGUGCAGGCGGUGGGUGCUGGAACCAUUGCCGAUUGCUGGGAUGUCAAGGAGCGAGGGAAUGCAAUGAGUAUGUUCUACCUAGGACCUUUGUGUGGGCCUCUUCUCGCGCCCAUUGUUGGAGGAGCUCUGACACAAGGUCUUGGAUGGAGAAGCUGCAUGUGGUUUACCACAAUCUACGGUGCACUUCUCUGGUUCCUUCUCCUUUUCUUCCUGCCAGAAACGCUCAAGGAUACUAUCCCUGCUUCAGUCAUCGCCGCUUCCUCGGAGAAGGACAGCAACGCACGACCAACACUCUCAAGAACCAGCACACGCCAGAGCGUAGCUCUGAAAUCAAAACGCUACAUUACCAUUUUCCGCCGCUGGUUUGUCGACCCUUUAGCCAUCAUCCUCAACCUGCGCAUACCAGCCGUGGCACUAGUAGUCUACUACGCAUCCAUAACAUUCGGCUCCUUAUACGUUCUCAACAUCUCCGUCCAACAAACCUUUGACUCAGAGCCCUACUCCUACUCGACCAUCAUCGUCGGACUCCUCUACAUCCCAAACUCACUAGGCUACUUCCUGGCCUCCCUCCUCGGCGGCAAAUGGGUCGACAAAAUCAUGGCUAGAGAAGCCAAAAAGGCCAAUCGCUACGAUGAGCACGGCCACUUGAUCUACCGCCCCGAAGACCGCCUGCGGGAAAACGCAUGGUUGGGCGCCAUCAUGUUUCCUCUAGCGCUCAUCUGGUAUGGCUGGUCUGCUCGCUACGGCACCUUCUGGUUCGUCCCCAUGCUGGCCAACUUCUUCUUUGGCAUUGGCAGUAUGCUUAUUUUUGCUGUCGUCACUACCAUGCUUACGGAAUUCAUGCCUAAUAAAGCUAGUCAUGGUAUUGCGCUGAAUAACUUUGUGCGCAAUAUUUGUUCUUGCGUGGGCAGUUUGGUGGCUAGUCCGUUGAUCGAUUGGUGUGGGGAUGGGUGGUUGUUUACGGUUAUUGGGGUGUGGUGUUUGGUCUCUGGUGUCCUUGUUAUUUGGAGUAUGAGGAGGUUUGGAGAGGGGUGGAGAGUCAGGGCUGCUGAGUUGAUGGUUUGA